CGCUCCAAACAAAAAGCGCUUCCUUGGCAACCUUCACCAUUUGUAACUUCAGAGUAGUCGGUAAAGUGAAACAUUUUGAAGUUUUUUUUUUUUUUUUCAUAAUGGCUCUACCGCUUAUGCCCGGAAACUCACCCAAUGCCCAGCUAAAGAAGGAGAGAUUUCACAAAUCCCAGCAUUUCAUCGUUUACGGUGGAGGUAUGGUGCUGGACCUGGAGAAGCCGGGUAUCGGAGGAGAGCCUUUAAUCGGCCAGAAGUUUCUACCAAAAUAUUCUGUGUAUCCCAAAGGAGAGGGCAGUGACCUGCCUUCAUGGGUUGCUUUUGACAAACAGACUCUUCGUUUUGAUGCUUACUUCAAGGAACCUGAAUACGAUGCAAAGGUCGAGACACACAGAAUCAGAAAGUGUAAGAUCUUCUUCUACUUGGAGGAUGACACCAUCCAUGUGAUAGAGCCGAGAUUCAAGAACAGCGGCCUCCCUCAAGGAACGCUCAUCCACCGGCACCGCAUCCCUCUGCCUCCGCCCAACGACAACCAGUUCUACAACGUUUUCCAUUUCAACAUCAACAAAGACAUAGUGUUUUACUCUCGCACGUUCACGGUGACCGACUGUGACUUGUUCACAAAGAACUUCCUCUCUAAACUUGGUAUAACGCUGAACGAGCCAGCCACAGUGCCGGAGGACCCCUACACCAACCUCCGCCUGCAGCACGAGGCGAGCAUGAAUCCUCUUCGUCCGUACGAAAGACUGCACCCGCUCAAGCAGUUCCUAGAGAACGACGGUAAAACUCUGCGCUUCUACUGCCUCUGGGACGACACAGACAACUUGUUUGGAGAUCAGCGGGAACUCGUGCUUCACUACUACCUGGCUGAUGACACCAUUGAGGUCAUCGAGGUGAUCCCGCCGAACUCCGGAAGAGUACACGUCCCCAAAUUCUUACGCCGCUGCAAACUACCUAAGAACGCUCCAGUGCAGAUGAAACCCCCUGGAGCGGUGACAGCCCGGACCGUCCUCAACGUGUUUGGCACCAUGAAUGAAGGAAAGCACGUCGUACUGGACAGCUGUGACAUCGGAGCUGCCACUGACGAGUUCUACAAGGACUGCGACCUGGCUAUAGGCAAAGAAAUAAACGUUUUCGGAAGACGAGUUCUCCUCACCGACUGUGAUGAAUUCACCAAAGCGUACUACCGCUUCAAGUACGGCACAGAGGAUUUCACCCCAGUCCAACACAAAGCUCCUCCAGCCCCCAAACCGCCAAGGCUUGUGCCCCCCUACAAUGGCUUUGGCUCCGAGGAGGACUCGUUGGGCAACUGCCAUGGCCUGAUGCCCAAACCCGUCCACAAGGACUUCAAAAAAUUUAUGGAGAAAGACAGCAGUGGCCUGAACAGCAACGUGCUGAGAUUCAAAGCCAGGAUGAUGACCACGGAUCCAGUGCACAGAGGGCGGGUGUUCCUCAUUAGCUACUUCCUGUCUGAUGACUCCUUGAGCGUGUUCGAACUGGAGCAGAAGAACUCAGGUGUAAUUGGAGGAAAGUUCCUGGAGCAUCAGAUACAGUUCCCCAUAACCAACGUCGGCACCAUCUUCAGCAAACUGCGUUCCAUUUCCGAGGACAAACAGAAUGAGGUCAGGGCGUUCCUGUCCCACAACACCCCCGUCAACUGUGGCUUCGUCUCCUUUGAGUCCUUCAGAGACUUAGUGAUGGGUCUGAACUGCGGCCUGACGGAGCACGAGGUCCUGGUGCUGGCCCGGCGCUUCUCGGAGCACCCGGCGCCUAAAGAGGACGUGACGCUGAUGCUGUCUGUGGCGCAGCACUACCUGAGGAGGAACCGGUUUGAGGACUACAAUCUCCUUUCAGCCAGAUUUGUGCACAGCGACAGGCAAAAAUCGGAACGUCUGCCCGCCGAAGAGGUGAGGAACAUCUGCAAAGCCUUCAUGCUCCCCAUCCCCGAGAGCCUGCUGGAAGCCCUCUUAACAGAGUAUGCAGACGGAGGCGGGAUCGACUACCACGGCUUUGUCGCUGGAUUAAACUGGCUGGAGCACCCGGCGCCGGCAGUGAUGACCGACGACAUUUUAAAGUAUGAGGUCAGCGCCAGGUUUGAUGGUGGUCGAUCUGCUCUGAAAAACAUCAACUGCUCCAGCCUCGUGAAGGAAAUAUUCAGCUUUUCGCCCAACAAAGGUGAAGCAGAAGCCGCUGCCUCCACGUAGAUGCUUGGAGGGAAGGAAGUGGACUCUCAGACCAGCAGCCAUUGUCUGCUGAUUAAAGAAUGUCACUUAUUCAGUU